ACCAAAAAAAAAAUCAAACUAUUGAUGUCCUCAACGACCGUCUUUCCAAUUCUAUUCUUUGCAAGAUCCAAUGCUAAUGGAUGGAUGACUAAUUAACACCAAAAUAAGAGCAGCAAUAAUUUUGAUUUCCACUUCCACCAUUUUUCUUUCUCCUUAGCAACAAUGGCUGCAGCAGUCUCCAUUGCAGCGGAAUGGCAACUCCUCUACAAUCGUUACUACCGGAAACCCGAAAUAUACUCUAUGAAAUGGAAACACAUUGAUCUUACUCGCAACAAGGUAGCCUGCGCACCUUAUGGUGGUCCAAUUGCUGUAAUUCGUGACGAUUCAAAGAUCGUUCAACUUUACGCUGAAUCAGCUCUUCGAAAGCUCCGAAUAUUCAAUUCCGCUGGCAAUCAGAUUUCUGAAACUAUCUGGAGAAAUCCUGGUGGACGAUUGAUAAGUAUGUCUUGGACCGAAGAUCAAACCCUAAUUUGCAUAGUGCAAGACGGAACGGUUUAUAGGUAUAACAUCCAUGCUGAGUUAAUUGAACCUAGUAUUUCGUUAGGGAAGGAGUGCUUUGAGCAAAGUGUAGUGGAUUGUGUGUUUUGGGGGAAUGGAGUUGUGUGUAUGAAUGAAGGUUUUCAGUUUUUCUGUGUGCCGGAUUUUUCGAAUUUUAGGUCGGAUAAGGAUGUCGUUAAAUUGGCUGAUCCUGUGCUCGAGGAUCCUCCAUUAUGUAUGACGGUGAUCGAGCCUAAGUAUACGAUGUCAGGGAAUGUGGAGGUAUUGCUUGGUGUUGGAGAUCAUGUAUUGUUGGUGGAUGAAGACGAGUCAAGGGAAGUGGGUGAAGGUGUUGGACCGCUUCAAAAGAUGGUGGUUUCUAGGGAUGGAAAGUUAUUGGCUUCCUUUACUCAUGAUGGGAGGCUACUGGUUAUUACCUCUGACUUCGCUAACAUUAUUUUCGAGCACGUUUGCGAGUCUGCUCUUCCCCCAGAACAGCUGGCCUGGUGUGGACUGGACAGUGUACUAUUGUAUUGGGAUGAUGCUCUUCUGAUGGUGGGCCCAUGUGGAGAUCCAGUGCGCUACUUUUAUGAUGAACCAAUAAUUUUGAUAUCAGAAUGCGAUGGUGUUAGGGUUCUUUCAAACACAAAUAUGGAAUUUCUUCAGCGAGUUCCUGAUUCCACAGUGUCGAUUUAUGAGAUAGGAAGCACAACCCCUGCAGCUUUGUUAUAUGAUGCUUUGGAUCAUUUUGAUAGGCAAAGUGCCAAGGCGGAUGAAAAUUUGAGAAUGAUAAGAUCAUCAUUGCCAGAGGCAAUCGAAGCAUGCAUUGAUGCUGCAGGUUAUGAAUUUGAUGUUUCACGUCAACGAACGUUGUUGAGAGCUGCAAGCUAUGGUCAAGCCUUUUGUUGCAAUGUUCCUCGUGAUCGUUUCCAAGAGAUGUGUAAAACAUUGCGUGUAAUAAAUGCUGUUCGUAGCCCUGAGAUUGGGAUCCCUCUUAGUAUACAACAGUACAGGGAGCUAACAGCACCGGUUUUGAUUUCUCGUUUGAUUAAUGCCCGUCAUCACCUUUUGGCCCUAAGAUUAUCUGAGUACCUUGGCUUGAACCAGGAGCUUGUCAUAAUGCAUUGGGCAUGUACCAAGAUAACAAGUUCGUUAGCAAUGUCUGAUACAGCUCUCCUCAGUCUUUUACUUGACAAGUUGAAAUUAUGUAAAGGCAUAGACUAUGCUAGAGUUGCUGAGCAUGCUGAUAAAAGUGGCAGAAGAAAGUUGGCUGCUGCUCUGGUUGAGCAUGAACCUUGUCCAUCCAAACAGGUUCCACUGCUAUUAAGCAUUGGAGAGGAAGACUCAGCUUUGACAAAAGCCACGGAUAGUGGGGAUACUGAUCUUGUGUAUUUUGUCUUGUUCCAUAUUUGGCACAAGAGGCCAGCAUUGGACUUCUUUGGGACGAUUCAAGCCAAACCAUUAGCUAGGGAUUUAUUCAUGGUUUACUCUAGGUGUCAUGAUCAUGAAUUCUUAAAGGACUUCUAUUUAUCAGCCGGACAGCUGCAGGAAGUUGCAUUUCUUUUAUGGACGGAAUCCUGGGAAUUAAGCAAGAAUCCUAUGGCUAGCAAGGGGACACCACUUCAUGGGCCACGUGUAAAACUUAUUGAGAAGGCUCGGGAUCUUUUUUCUGAAACAAAAGAACACAUCUUUGAAUCAAAAGCUGCGGAAGAGCAUGCAAAACUGUUGAGAAUUCAACAUGAGCUAGAGGUGUCCACCAAGCAAGCAAUUUUUGUAGAUUCAAGCAUUAGUGACACCAUCCGGACGUGCAUUGUACUCGGAAAUCAUCGAGCAGCUAUGAAGGUGAAAACAGAAUUCAAGGUUUCUGAGAAAAGAUGGUACUGGCUUAAAGUUUUUGCAUUAGCUACCAUUAGAGACUGGGAUGCGCUGGAGAAGUUCUCAAAGGAGAAGAAACCACCAAUUGGAUAUAAACCCUUCGUUGAAGCUUGCAUCGAUGCAGAAGAAAAAGGUGAAGCGUUGAAAUAUAUCCCCAAACUUACUGAUCUUGGAGAAAGAGCUGAGGCAUAUGCUCGAAUAGGAAUGGCGAAAGAAGCUGCAGAUGCUGCUUCUCAGGCGAAAGAUAGCGAGCUGCUUGGUCGGUUGAGAUUGAGUUUCACCCAAAGUACUGCAGCUACAUCAAUUUUUGACACUAUUCGUGAGAGGUUGGGUGUUUCAUAAGGGAUCUUGUUUCUUUGUAUUUAUUUCAUCGAGAGAGAUGGUCUUUUGCUUUCAUUUCUCUUUCGGUAUCUUUAUUCGUGUGCAUAGAUAAAGGGUUGCAUAUAUUCCUGAGUGUAAAUUUUCAUCAUAAGAUGUUGCAGUCUGGCUUUUGCUUCUGCCAUUUUGUAAAAAAGUGUUGAGCCUUAUUAUGUGCUACAAUGCUCGCAUGAAAAGCAGCCGUUCCAUGAGUCGACAGGGAUGGCUACUGGUCUGAUUUGAUUGUGAGCCAGUUAAUGUUUUGGGACAAGCUCACAAUAAACACUAUUUGGAUUAGUUUUAGUUUUUGUUGGUUUGAUUACUGUAAUUUGAUUAAAUCAUUUUUUGUAUUCUGUUUGGGUCCAUUGUGAACAGUUCCUUCAAAAAUUUAAUCAAUAAAAAUACAAACAAUAUGCAUUUUACAA